CAUUGGCACUGUACAGUAGUACGACGGAGGGUGCAGAUGGAACGGAACGUGGGACCACCCGCUCUUUAGAAGACAAUGCUACUGUACGGAAUUGGGACAAAGUGGCCGCUGUCACUCGUGGAACGGCUAAGAGAACUACAGUGGAGUACCGUACUGUACACGGCAGUCCGCGAAUCCCGCAGAUGGUCUCAUCUGCGGCGGCGCGGCUAAGGGCUAGGGGCUAGGCGCCACGAGCAGCUAGGAGCUUCCUGAGGAUGCGGGGAACGCGGCGAAGGACGGACUGUUACAGCGGGCUAGGAUGCGAUGCGAUUCGAGCUGCAUGGAAUGUGAUUGAUUGUCGACUCUCAGAUGCAAGUGCAGAAAACUGGCACACAUGACAUGAACC